UCUGACUCCCAGAGACCUUUGCGGCUAACCCGCGAGACUACGCUUCCCAGAGGCCUUUUGCGGCGCCGCAACCGGAAGCGCGGCGGCGAGUCGAGUGUCCUUGCGCGCGGAGCCGAGCGACCAUGGUACCCCGAGUGUGGUCGCUGAUGAGGUUCCUCAUCAAGGGCAGUGUGGCUGGGGGCGCCGUCUACCUGGUGUACGACCAGGAUCUGCUGGGGCCCAGCGACAAGAGCCAGGCGACCCUCCAGAAGGCAGAGGAGGUGUUCCCCCCCGCCAUUUACCAGUUCAGCCAGUAUGUGUGUGAGAAGACAGGCCUGAAGAUACCCCAGCUGCCAGCCUUCCCAAAGGUUAACUUCCCCAUCCGAGAGUCCUGGAAUUCAGGCAUCACCACCGUGAUGUUGGCUCUGUCGGUGGCCCCCACCAAGGCCCGCGAGUACUCCAGAGAAGGCUGGGAGUACCUCAAGGGGCUAACCAAGUAGCCUGUCAGAGGAGACCGCCUGCUGCCGUCGGGGGCAGGGGCACCGCAACUCAGAGACUCCAGACAGGGACCCCAUUCCGAGGGCAGCUCCCGGCCUUGCCGGCCCAAUAAAGGACUUUGGAAAUGUU